GAGAAUCUUGUCAUUCCAUCUCAGAAAUGAGUCUAGCUGUCUCCUCUUUAGGCUGAUCUCGAGCAUCUUGGCAUACAUAGCGGUAUGCACGUAUGUAGGAGUCUAGUUUCUGGUGGGUAGCCAUAGGGCUCGGCUAUUUUGUUUCGUCACGAGUGAAGGAGAAUUUCUAAAAGUGUAAAAGGAGUGAAAGAGCACAAAGUGCCAUGCACUCGGAGACGAACUCAUCAGAUGCAUUCCAUAACCUGCUUCCUUAACAGCUUUCCCUUCUAUCUCAUCUCUCGUACUCUGAAAAUAGAGUGGAAUUAAAAAGCGUGACCCGUUUUCAGCAUUUCAGCAACUUGGAUGUUUUCGUCAUCGUCCAACGAAACAAACAACAAUUUACUUAUCCUUAUCACAGGAUUAUCGUACAUGUCGUCUCCCCCCCACCAUUCUGCUGCCUGAUAAAUAAGGGUGGUAAAAGAGAUGUCCUAAUCAUAACUUCAUCACUUAGAACAUUGUUGAAACGGCAUCUGCAUAGAAAGAGUGGAAAUGGAAAACAGAAGUGGUCUCAAAGUCUCAUCCUGUCCCAACUCCACUUUCCUAACGUCGUCGUCUCACUUUCACCAUGGGAGGAGAGCGAGGAGAAAGGACGACGGGUAUGGAGUGCCCCCGUUUGGGUGGAAGGGGAAUGGUGAGUCUCGGUCGGGCACAAUCGGAGCAAUUGAGAUAAAGCAGAAAUCUGUCCAUCUCAACUGCUUUCACCGUAACGCCGACGGAUGCUGCGAGAGAAAUACAUGAUGGGAAAGUUCCUCACUGAAGCUUCUUCUCCCUCUUUCUCACGACCAAUACUCGCACACCGACAGAUAAAUAAUCAGCAGAUAUAAAUACUCUAAAAAGGAACUGAGCGUAAGUAUGCAGUUUCGCUUUGACGCUGCCACUUGACCUGACCUUGAUCAGCCAAGAAGACCUCGAGGAGGGCAUAAUGUCUGGAAGUUCGAGUGCGGGGGGGAAGGGCGGAGGGGGCAAGCGGAGCAAGAAGAGCAAGAAGGAAAAGUGGGAGGAAGCAGGUGGGGAGUUUUACCAGGAGCGUUACCCGGGUGGACAGGGACAAGCGGCGUCCACGGCUGACCUCACCCUCGUCGUCGCCAAUGCCUCCACCAGAGCCGGCGCUCCACUCCAACCCAGACCACACUUUCCACUCCCCUCACAAACCGCACGGAGGAACAGCCUCGCAUUCACGGGUCGUCGUGGUUACCUCACUCGAAAACACUCCUACGGCACCAAUAACACCCUCAACAACGGGGGAGCCAACAACUGCAUGACCUACAACUCGACUAUGGGCAGGAUCUCCGAAGCUGAGGUUCACAUUGCACUCAUGCCCGACAUGGCGGACGAAACCAUUCCAGACGAAAAAUCUACGAACGAUGCCCUCCUCAAACUCAAGGCGCUCCCAGAGUCCAUGGCGCAGAAGCGGAGCAGGAAGGCCAAACUGGGGGCCAUCCCUCAACGCCGCCUCAGCGGUUGGAAUCGAAUGAAAUGGGCGGUGCGGAAACGAAUUUACAACGCCAACCAAACCUGGCACCACGACUUUUCCAACGUCAGCUUAUUCAAACGGGACCUGCAAAAGAUAGAGGUUCGCUGCGGGACGGCAAUUGUGAACGUGUUCCUCUUCAUCCGCUGGACCCUACUCCUCAACCUCCUCAUUUCCUUCAUCGCCCUCGCCCUCAUCAUCGUCCCCUAUUUCUUCUUGAACAUUAAGGUCGUCAAUGGCGAAAUCAGGCCGGGCGAGAAGUGCAAAGACCAAAUUCCCGAAGACCUUGAAGCCAAGAACAACGGCACAGGCUGGCCGGACGUUCAGGAACGAAUGGAAUGUUGCGCCCAGUUGUACUUGAACCACGAUCCCCUGAAACGAGGAUCGCUUACAGUGCUGUCCGCCUUUUUCCUGGAAGAGAACGCCUCGAUUGAGCACAGCCCAUUCUUCUAUGGCUACUACGUCAACGAGAAGAGGUCCAAAAACCACGACCUCUUUGCAUUCGCCUACGUCUUUGCCGUCUUCCUCGUCCUCGGCAUCUCACUCAUCCUGAUGGUCCGCUCCAUCGGAGAGGGAAUCAAGGAGAUUAUAUUGGCUUCGGAGGGCGAGCACAACCCGUACACCAACCUCAUUCUCGCCGGAUGGGAUCACUACACCAAGGACGCCAAAAGUGCUCUCUUCAAGCGAAAAAUUAUGUGUCACGAGAUGAAGGUUGCGCUCAAAAGUGAGAAGAAUACGCUGGAAACUGUGCUGCGGUCCCGAAAUGAGCAAAUCAAGCUGACCGUUAUCCGCUUGCUGGUCAACAUUGUGGUCCUUGCACUGUUGGGUUUGGCCGGCUGGGCCAUCUUAAAAGUAUCGACAUUUAGUUUGGAGAUACAAAAGGAGAUCAAGUUCAACGAGACGAUGGGGACACGUCUUACUUUACACGAAAAGUUUAAGCAGCCAGGAGCAGUGAGGACGCUCCUGGAUAAUCUGGCUAUCAGCUUCACGCCCUCCGUCCUCAUCACCAUCCUCAACGUCAUUUUCCCCCUCGUUCUAGCCAAGCUGGGCAAGUUGGAGAAGUACUCGCUUCACACGUCGACGGCCUUGGUUUUGUACCGGGCCUUGUUCAUCCGCCUCAUGUCCAUCGGGUUCGCUGCCGCCAUUUUGUACAAUUUCAGGUACUGCCACCCCAGGAAACAUACCUGCACCACCUGUAUUGAGGGCAAAGAAUCCACGAGUUUGAAGACCAGGGGAGCCUGUUGGGAGUCCAUCUAUGCAGAUCAGUUGUACAAACUCCUCCUGGUCGAUAUUUUAAUUAAAUGCAUCAUGACCCUGCUGGUGGAGCCUCUUCGAGUUCAGCUGAAAAAGUGCUCGAAGAACAAAAUCUUCCAAAAGAUCGGAACGAUGAAAUUCUCCAUUGUUCGCCAUAGCCUAGACAUAAUUUAUCUCCAAGUAAUUUCAUGGGUGGGCCUGUACUUUGGCCCCUUCAUCCCAAUCAUGUCCGUCAUCUACGCCUUCAUCGUGUUUUACGUGAAAAAAUUUAGUCUGAUAAACAACUGCAAUACGGUUCCUGACACACUAAAGACCAUGAAAACGACGACGACCUUUGUGGCCGCCAAGUUGAUGGCUUUUAUAGCUGUGACCUUCACAAAUGUGUUUGUACUGGGGUACAUGGUGCCAAGUCGAGGGUGUGGCCCAUUCCGGCAGUAUGAUGCUCCUUGGAGGACUUUCACAGAAUUGGUGGAGAAGGACAAAUGGGCAAGCGCCGUUUAUAACAGCAUCGCUUCACCUGGAAUCACUGCCCCCUUUACGCUCAUCCUACUAUUAGCAGGAUACUAUUACUACAGUGUUGCUCAAGCCAAUCGGGGAAUGGUGGACACGCUGAGGCAUCUGUUGAUUUUGGAAGGUCAUGACAAGCAAUACCUAUUCGCCAGGCUCAAUUCGUUGCGUCGAGGUUCUGGGGAGAGUGGAAGUGUCCGCAUGACACCAAAAAGCAACCGAACCUCAAGUCAAACUUAGGAUAAAAGUUUAACCUUGUUCAACUAGGUAGUAUAAUUUCCGAAAUAUUGGGGGUGUAUUCGGUGUGUUGGAUUUGUAAGGUUUUCUAUUCCGAUUCGUCGUACAUUUAUUUUAUAAUAAGAAUAAUAUUAUUACAUACGAAUAAGCUGCUUCUUGAAAUUUGUAUAAAAGGAUGAAAUAAAAACCAUAGUUGUUCCUCAA